AAAUGGAUCAGAGAAUAUGUCAGCUGAAUAUUUGAAUGAGCUUAAAAUUCAUUGGAAUUGUUAUAAAUAUGCUUCUGCUACUUCAUUAGAAUUUUAUGGAAUGACAAAAGAUCCUAAAACUGAAGAAUUUAUGAUGAUUUUACAAUUUGUAGAUGAAGGAAAUUUAAGAAGUUUUCUUUCACACAAUUUUAAUAACAUUUUAUGGAAAGAUAAGAUAAAAUAUUUAGAUUGGUUAAUAUUUGGUCUUAAAGCUUUACAUGAAUUAGGAUAUUUUCACAAAGAUUUUCAUAGUGGAAAUAUAUUAUUACGAGUAAGUGAACAUCAAACUUCUAUUUCAGACUUUGGAUUAUCUGGACCAUCAAAUAAACAAAAAUUAGAUGCUAGAAUAUGUGGUGUGCUACCUUAUAUUGCCCCAGAAGUUUUAAAUGGAGAAUCAUAUACAUUGUCUUCGGAUAUUUAUAGUUUUGGUGUAAUUAUGACAGAAUUAUCAUCUGGAAAACCACCAUUUUAUGACAAAAAACAUGAUUUAAGUUUAGUAUUGGCCAUAUGUAAUGGGCUCAGACCAGAAUUUGGAAAAGGGACUCCUGAAAUUUAUAAGAAACUAGCUUAUAAAUGCAUGAAUGCUAAUUCAAAUCAAAGACCAACAGCCAGUGAAUUAAAAGACAUGAUUUAUUUUUGGUUCCGUUCUUUUAAUUACUUUGAAAAAUAUGAAGAAAAAGAAAAAUUUGGAUAUAAAGGAAAAGAAAUUAAAGCUAUGUUUGAAGAAGCUGAUAAAGAAAUACCAAAUAUUUCAACUUCAUAUGAGAAAAGUCCUGAUGCUAUAUAUACUAGUAGAUUAUUUACAUUUAAUAAUUUAACAAAACCUAUUAAUUCAUCUCUUAUUACAUCAUACCUUGAUGAUGAAAAAAAUAAUAAAGGUACUAUAUUUGGUAAUAUGUUUAAUUUAGCAAUUAUUCAAUUUCAUAAUCGCUGA